UUAAGGUGUGAUCAUAGUUGAAUUUGUAAUAAAGACUGAUAACACAAAUCAGCUGGUGGGAGUUGAGCGAUUGAAAUACAUAUCUUUUGAAUACUCACGUGUCAAAGUCCAACUCAUAUGCCGGCCUUUCCUCCUUAUAAAUCUUUCAUUUCUUGAUUUAUUUUUCCUAUCCGAGGUUUUUAGUACUCUUGAAUACAUAACAUAAAAACCAUACAAUUGACUCGUCUCUCUCUCAUUCUCUUUCUACAAGCCUUUUCCUUGUUGCUUUCUUCUUUGUUUAUUACAUUGUCUGUUGAUUCUUGAAAUGGGCUUACACAUGUUAGUUUAUGCAUUCUUGAUCUUUUAUCCUCUUUUCUUGAUAUGGAGGUGGAUCGAUGGGAAAAGAGACCAAGAAUGUUACAUUCUUGAUUAUGAGUGUUAUAAACCAACUGAUGAUAGAAAGCUUGACACCGAGUUUUCUGGUGAAAUAAUAAAGAGAAGCAAGAAUCUUGGUCUAAAUGAGUACAAGUUUCUCUUGAAAGCCAUCGUAAGUUCUGGCAUUGGAGAGCAAACUUAUGGUCCGAGAAUGAUUUUCGCCGGGCGAGAAGAAAAUCCGACAUAUGAAGACGGGAUACUGGAAAUGGAAGAGUUUUUUCAAGAAAGUAUUCAAAAACUCUUAUCAAGAACAGGCAUUUCUCCUCAAGAAAUUGAUGCUCUUGUUGUCAAUGUAUCAAUGCUUUCUGCAGUGCCUUCUUUGUCAGCUAGAAUCAUAAAUCAUUACAAAAUGAGAGAAGAUAUUAAGGUUUUUAAUCUUACUGGUAUGGGUUGUAGUGCGAGUCUUAUAUCUGUCAACAUUGCUCAAAAUCUUUUCAAGACUUACAAGAAUUCAUACACACUUGUCAUUACUUCAGAAUCUUUAAGCCCUAAUUGGUAUGCAGGAAAUAAUAGGUCAAUGAUUCUUGCAAAUUGCUUGUUUCGCUCUGGUGGUUGUGCAAUCCUUCUGACUAACAAAAGGGCUUUAAAGCACAAAGCAAUGUUCAAAUUAAAAUGUUUGGUUAGAACACACCAUGGAGCCAGAGAUGACUCAUAUGAUUGUUGUCUUCAAAAAGAAGAUGAACAAGGCCGUGUAGGGUUUCAUUUAGGCAAAAAUCUACCAAAAGCAGCUACAAGAGCUUUUGUUGAUAAUCUUAGGGUGAUUUCACCAAAGAUCUUGCCAGUAAGAGAGUUGCUAAGGUUUUUAAUAGUUUCAUUUAUUAAAAAAUGGAGCAGCCAAAUAAGGUCUUCCUCUUCUUCUAAAGGAGGCGAAGAUCGAGCAGUUAUAAACUUCAAGACCGGAGUAGAUCACUUCUGUAUCCAUACCGGAGGGAAGGCGGUGAUAGAUGGAAUAGGAGUGAAUCUAGAUUUAACGGAAUACGAUUUAGAGCCAGCAAGAAUGACUCUACAUAGAUUUGGAAAUACUUCAGCAUGUAGUCUUUGGUAUGUGUUAGCAUAUAUGGAAGCAAAGAAAAGAUUAAAGAAAGGAGAUAGAAUUUUGAUGAUAAGUUUUGGUGCAGGCUUUAAAUGUAACAGCUGUUUAUGGGAGGUGGUGAGAGAUUUAGAUGGUAGUAAUGUGUGGAAAGAUUGCAUCAAUGACUACCCACCAAAAACCCUAACAAAUCCUUUCAUGGAGAAAUAUGGAUGGAUUAACAAUGAAGAUGAGAGUACCUUUGCUGUUCCUUCUUGAAGAUUCUAAGAAAGAAAGAAAGAAAGAAAAAAUACAAGGCGGUUCGACGAACUAGAAUAUUUUAACUAUACAUUAGUCCUCCUCAUCAGCUAUUCUUUUAUAUUGGUGAAGGAGAUGUUGCUUUUUCACCUGACCCUCAACUCAUGCUGUUGUACUUGAGGUUGUUAAUGUUUUGAAGCAUUAGUAUUAAAGGCAAACUAAUUGCAGGACCAGUGGAUGGCCCCAAAAGAGAGAAUGGCGGUGCUUUUUGGUACUUGUAGAACAGCAAAAAAAUUGCACAGAAAAAUCUGUAUCAAUUCUGGUUUUGUUUUUGUAUGCUUCCUAGCUUUGAAAGAUAGUCUGAAUCAGACUAUAUUUACAUAAAACCCA